ACGCUCAUAUUUGUUUGGCAAGGUUUUAAGCCGGAUGCCCUUCCUGACGCAACCCUCUGCAUUUAUCCGGGCUUGGGACCGGCCUACAGUUUGCACUGACUUGUGCCACCCAUAGGGCUGCAUUACCUGCGAAAGAGUACGUAGGGCCAUAAAAAUAAUCAGAGAUUGACUGAAAAACGUUGUGCAUUUUUGAGGGGAAAAAAAGUAUUUUUUUUUCUAAAAAGUUGAUUUUGAGAUGAAACGAAAAUUUGGGUCUAUAUUCCAGAGAAAUUUUACGAAAACAAAGGAAAACAAAGGAAGUGUAUUUUCGAGAUUAAAGUCAUAUUUAUGUGACAAAAAUAGUCGUAUGUUUUUGGGAACAUUUUGUACUUUGGAGAAAAUAGUUUGAAAUGUUCAACAUCGAAGUAAUUUUCAAGACUUCUGUAUGUUUUUAAAAUUAAAAUUGCAUGAUUGUAGAUUAAAGUUAUAAUGGCAGAAUAGCUGUGAGAAAAGGUUGAAUGUUUUUUAGAUUAAGUCAUUAAUUUACAAGAAUAAAAUUGUAUCUUUCCAAGAAAACAAUAGAUAUUUUUUAGAUUUUCAACGUAAGCGUUUUUGUAUUUUCCUUGAAACUUAAAUAAAAUGUAUUAACAUCACAGUUGUAAUAUGAAAAAGUUUGAUAUUUUUGAGAAUUACUUUUUUUAUUUUAGUCAUAUUACAAGAAUAUUAAGUUGAAAAACCGUUGUAUGUUAUCGAGAGAACAUUAAGGUCAAAUUGGAAUUUUACAAAAAUAAGGUCAUUUAUUUUUUUAGACAAAUAGUUGAAUACGUUUUGAAUAUGUUGUAGAUUAAAGGUGAAAUAUUACAAGAAUAAAGUUUUAUAUUUUCAAGAUUAAAAUCUUAAUAUUACAAGAAUAAAAUAUUACAAUAGGAAAGUCAUAUUUUUGAGAUAAAAAUCAUACACUUUCGAGAUUAAGUUCGUACAUCUGUGAAGUUGUAUAUUUUUGAGCAUAAAUAUAUUCUCGGGAUGAAAGUCGUAAUACUACUACUACUACUACUAUAUUUUAUAAACUAGCUGAGAUAGGCUCCUACAUGCCCGCCACCCUAGUCACGAUAAACAAUAUGGAAAAUGGAUGGAUGCAUACUGUAAUCUUGUCAUUAUAAAAAAAAAAAUUCUUCUUGGUCCUAAUGCUCCUUUGUCCACGUUCACAUUAACAGAAGGAAGGACUUUUCCAGUUGUUUUCUUUUUAAAAGACAUGAUUCCACCGCUUCGUAUGACUCAUUCCACCGGCACUUUUCCUAAAGUUAACCACGGAUUUAAAAAUGUUUGCCAGCCACUUUGGUUUGUUCAAGCCACGGCGAACCCAUUCAUGUUUUUCCCGUUUCUUCUUGCUGCCCUUCAGCUCUUUCCUUAGUUUUCAUUAACUCUACUGGCUUCACACAACAUUCCUGUAUACUUAAGCAGAGGUGGGCAAGCAACAGGCCCACAAGGCCCAUGAGAGCAUUUAGUUUUGCCUGCCAUCCAACUCAAAUUUUUUAUUUUUUUUAAUUCCCCGAAAACAUUCAACCCACAAAUUCCAAUAUAAUACUGUUUUUACAUCCUAAGCUCCAUCUCAAGAUGCCAUUUCAAGUAUGAAAGAGGAUUUGAGGGUGUUAAACUGCCCCCCUACUCUGAACUGUCUUGAAAUGUGCUCAAGUGUUCUUGUUUACAGUUUUGGACAAGCGAGAAGCAAUUGAGGCAAAGUACUGUGCUCUACGUGGCUAGAUUGCUAUCUAUUGAACAUGACGUCAGCUAUGGGAGGUAGAACUACAUAUGUCGUAUCGCAACUACUUGGCCUCGUAGAGCAAAAACGAAGACAUUGAACCCAAAAUGUUGCCAUGCGGGCGUCACGUGAACUGAACGAAUCAAUGAAUGAAUAAAUUCUAUACGUGCAAACGCAUAGGUGGCCGUCAUGGGCGUUGUAUGUUUUUUUUGUCUAGCGGGCCUAACUUUUUGUUGUGACUCGUCAUCCUUUGCUAUGCAUCCUCCGCCCUGUAUCUAAAUGAUCUUGGCUCGUGUCAAGUUGAUCUUUCACACAGACUUCCUGUCUGUGUGUGUUGGGUGCACAUAUGCCACCGCAACUUCCUUUCGUCACACCUCCUGCUCAUAUUUAUUUUCUCACAUAAGUCAGUUAAUAUGGUUUAACUAGCAGGACCGUUGUCAUGUCUCGCAGGAGCUGUCGCCUGGCGUCCACAGGCUACUACAACUCGGAUGACGAAUCCGACUCAAGUAGCGUAACCAACAUUUCAUACAGAGAGAACCCCGUCAAGGUUUUCAAGAAGAAGGCCGGGACCCGUAAAGCCGCCUCCCGCGCCUCCACCAGAGCCAACAGCAAUGCCAGCACGAGCAACUUACAAUCGCCGUCCACCACAGCCCGCAGACCUUCCCUAAGCACCCAGACGAAUCUGACCAUGGGGAGCGUGUCCUACGCCACCCCAAGGGCCACCCCCAGGGCCACCCUCCGGCCCUCCCUAACGCCGGCGUCGUCGACCACGCACCAGACCGCCACCCGCUCCCCUGCGCCUCCUCCAGAGAGGUUCCACAGCUCCGGCCAGGCUGUCGUGUACCUGCGACCGGACCACAAGGACCAGGAUAAGAACUGCAUAGACAGCUCGGGUUACUUCUCCUCUGAGGGCAUCAACUUUAAACCCCCAACACCAACUACCACCACCAGGUCCGGUAGCAGCAACACCACCAGUAAAGUCAAAAGUAACAACGUGGCUCCCAGUGUCGUCGAACACAGACGCCAAAUCAACAGCGCCUUCUGUGGUGUGAAGGACUCACUAUCAAGAUUGACUGCAAAGAUAAAGCAUCUUAUCACUUUUGCCAAUAGAUCCUUAAUCAGCGCCCAAACAAAGACGACUUGCAUUGUCCUCAUCUUGCUCUCUGUUGUGGCUGCCUUUGUUUGGUUCCUCCCUCCCUUGUUGCCUCUGACUCUCAUGGACUUCAUAAAGGCCCAUUCGCAGAUUGCCAAGCUCAAGCACCAAUCUAUUCUCCCAGCCAUUGUACCUCCUCCACCCAGCACCAUGCAAUCCACAUUCGCAACGGACUUGGGCACAGUGCCUACUGAUAUAGAAGCAAAAAUGCAGCAUCUUCUGGAGGAGCUGCAGCUGAAGCAGGAGCUCCUCUACAAGAUCAAGGAGCAAUUCGAGGUGGACAUGCAGAGUAUGAGGGACGACAUGAAGGUGUUGGAGGCCAAUAGUGGGCGCCAUCUGGACCAGGAAGUCACCGUACUGGGGAAGAAAAUGGACGAUCAGAAGCGGGAUUUUAAUAAGUCCCGCUCAGGUCUCAGUGGCAGAAUGAAAGCUUUAGAGACUCAGAUUGCCAAGUUGUCCAAGGAGUUGUUGUCCAUCCACUCACAGCCUCCUGCGCUGCCUUGUCCUGACAUCACUGCCCAAAAACAGCUCACGCCAGAGCUCCAGCAGGCCAUGGAGAAGUGGCUCACUGACCACAUCCAGGCGCAGAAUGCAGUCAUCCUACAGCAGAAAGGAAUCUCUUCAGCGUGCACACAGCCCUUGGCUAACAAAAUGGCUGACUUUGCGCUUGAGACUCAAGGUGCCAGCGUGAUCAGCACCCGCUGUUCUGAAACAUAUCACACCCGCUCAGCGUGUCUCAGCUUGCUUGGAUUCCCCUUGUGGUACCUGACGGAGAGCCCUCGCACUGUCAUUCGGGGCGAGCCAGUGCUGCUCCCUGGCAAAUGUUGGGCCUUUCACGGUGCCCACGGGACUCUCGUCAUCGCGCUGUCUCACCCCAUACGGAUAACCCAUGUGACGCUGGACCACGUGCCGCGUCACAUCACCCCCCAAGGCCGGAUCGACUCUGCACCCAAGGACUUUGCGGUCUAUGGAAUGAAGAAUGAGGUGGAAGAAGGAACGCUGCUGGGAACGUUCACGUACAACGAGGACGGCGAGCCCACGCAGACAUUUGAGCUGCCUCCCAGCGACGUGAUCUACCACGUGGUGGAACUGCGCGUCCUCAGCAACUGGGGUCACAUGGAGUACACCUGCCUCUACCGCUUCCGAGUGCACGGAACUCUGGCAACGGCGACAUGAUGCGCCCCCACUCCUCGGAUGAAGUGGUGAGUUUCCACCACUAAAGGCCGCACUGACGCUUUCAGAUAUUGGGACUGUCAAAUGAAUAGCAUGAAACAGGAUGUCUGGUAACAUCGUUGAAGGAUGUAAAUAUUUUGUCAAAAUCGUUACAAACCCGGCCAAAAACUUAAUUUCGUCCCUGGUACUUAAAUACUAGAAUACCCUUUUUUUUUUUUUAUCUUGCCAUCAUGUUGAUCCUUGUAAGAAGCACUUGAAUUUUCUCAGGGCGCAAAGUCAGGAAAGUGGAAAAUGUAUUUGAUGUGAGCGUGAAUAUAUUUUAGCGAAGUCAUGCCUUGUGUCAUUCAUGUCACGUAUGAAAUAUUUAUGAAUGAUGGGAGUAUUAGGGGCAAGAAAGAAGAAAAAAAACUCUAUAGUUGCAAGAAUAAAGUAGUAAUGUGACGAGAAAAAAAAUAAAGAAAAUUUUAUACAUGAAAUAAAAAAAAGACAAUGCAAUCGCAGGACUACUCGAAUUGUAGUUUGUUGUUGUGAUAUUUUGGUUGUGCCCUGCGACUGACUGGCAACCAGUUCAGGGUGUAGUGUGCCUUUCGCCCGAAGUCAGCUGAGAUAGGGUCCAGCGCCCAGCGACCCUAACCAGGAUAAGCGGUGUUGAAAAUGGAUGGAUGAAAAAGUGCCAUUUCAAGAAUAAAUUACAAUUUGUGAAAGGUCAAGUUUUUCUAGACUUUUUUUCUUGCUAAAUUAUGCUUUUUUUUCUCGUGAUAUGACUUUAUUCUCUGCAAAUUCUGAGCUGUUCAGGGUAAAAUUAUUAGCUGUUUUCCAUAAAAUUGACUUUAGUUUUUCUUGAAAUAUUAUAAUUAUUUAAAAAAAAAAAAAAAUCUUAUUUAAAAAGUAAGGCUACAGUUUCAGACUCUAAAUUGCCCGUAGGUGUGAAUGUGAGUGAUUGUUUAUCUGUGUGUGCCCUGCAAUUGGCUGGCGACCAGUUCAUGAUGUACCCCGCCUUUCGCCCAGAGUCAGCUGGGACACCCGCGUGAGGGUAAGCGGUACGGAAAAUGGAUGGAUGGAUGGAUGGAUGAUGAAAAUGGCUUGCUCUUCGAUGAUGCAAUGGCUCAAAAUGUUUGUUUGCCUGAAAAGUAAUGGUUUUGGAGAUGCAAAGAUCCUGCCCAACACCUGCAAUAUAAUAAAAAGAAGUAAGGCCAGCAGAAGUCUUUUACACAUUCACCAUUUUUUUCCUGAUGUUUAUACUUUACAACAGCUCAGUUUGACCUGCAAAAUAAUAAAGGUGAAAAUCACAAGCCGUUUCUCAAAAUGUAUUUUAUUUUUUUUGUCAUAGCAUUAAUAAUUUUAAGAGGCUAAUUCUUGCUGUGUUAGUCUUGAAAAAGGACUACUUUACCCCCACUAUGACACUCUUGUCAAAUAUUUGAUUUUCUUUCAAAAUUACAACUUUAUUCUUGUAAUUAUUUUUUCUCGUAUUUUUAAAAAUUAUAUUAGCAGUGUGGUCUUUUCAGUGUACCUAGUUUGUAAUUUUGAAGAUGACCUGCGAGGUUGUACAAUUUUCUCACAAAAAAAGUUACUUUGAUUCAUGUUUGUUGUUUCGAUGACACUUUUCUGUGCGAAGUCUGCAUGUUUUUCUGAUGAAGUGUGCUACAGGUUAGUCCUGCUCGAAAUGAAUUGUGUUGCAGCCACCUGUAUAUGAAGUGAAUACAUACUGUUCUUAAAGAACACGUAGCACUUGGAACAAGGCAAUCCUAAUUUGGAUCAUGAAAAAGCUAGUGUCAUUUUCAAGCAGUUUGAAAAAUCUUGUUUAUGUGACAGUAAAGAUUGUAUUUGAAAAGUUCAUCAUAUUUAUAAAUGGGUUUAUACGAAUGCUUGUUUUUUUUGGUCUGGAAUUGAUGUGUCAUAUUUGGUAGGUUAUUUAUAACAAUGCUCUGAAUAUUGUAUUUAAACUACUUAACACAAAGAUGCUUUUAUUCACUCUAUUUGAAUGUAUAGAAUUAAUAAAUAGUCUUUGUUCAAAUACUAA